GCUGCUGUUCGGCCUUUUAUCUCUCUCGAAUAAAGCUCGUCAGGCAUUGGAGAGCAGGGUGUGUGUGGUUCAGCAACUGUCACGCACGUAGAUCGAACACGCAAGAGCAAUCCAGAACCACACAUCACUGACGCCACGGCCCACGGUGGAGCAAAAGGAUAAGGUAAUCGUGUCUCUGCACUCUCCAGAACUCCAUUGCCCUCGGCAUGCAGCAUAGCCGAUCGAAGCUCUGCUCUGGACUCUGGACUCUCGACUCUCGACUCGACACCAUGGAGAGAGCCUGCAGCCCUGCGCUGAGGCUGCUGCGUAAUCCGACCACGACGCAGCUCCCUGCAGCAGGCAGCAGGAACAACGGCAGACGCAGAAGCUUUGCCGUUCACGCGCAGCCUCCAACCGAUGACGAUUACCUCGUCGAGUCACCGAAAAAGGUCCAAGUUACACAGAGCCUGAAGAGGAGCCGCCGGAGGGGAACCGGCGCGCGGCAGAGCCUGGUGUCCGUGGGAACCUCGCGCGGGGGAGGGGAUCAGUGGAGCAGCGACUUCGACCUGACGCUCCGGCAGCUGCGCCUGGAUGACCUGGUCGAAGACGGGCAGAGCGACGCCGGCGUCCUGGUGCACCUUCUAGUUCAGCAGCAUACCCAGUUCGGAAUGUCGAUCAAAGGGCGAGUGGUCACGUCGUUCAGGAAAAUAUGCGAUUCCUGCUCCAACCCCUACUGCACAAAGAUUGACGAGCACUUCAACAUUACGGUGUUGUCCUCCUCCAGGAAAGAUCAGAGUGGGAUGCCUGAACUUGGGGACAGCGAUCCAUCAGUCAUCUUUGUGAAGCCAGGAACGGAAAUUGACAUUGACUCAGCCAUCCAAGAGACGAUACGAUUAACAGCAUCAGCCAAGAGUUCGUGUUCAGAGGCGUGUGAAAAAUCUACCGUCGUAUGGAAAUAUGGUGGGAACCAAAAGAAAAGCUACAGCCGAAGGUGGUCAAAACUUCUUGAUCUGAAGAAAACUCUGGAUAAAGCGGCUAACUGAAUCAUGGCAGAAGCUGACGUGUAUACCAGUACUAAUAGACAUUGCUGCUAAAAUAACAAAGCAUUUCUACAAAGCUAUUUCCUGUGAAAAAAAUGUACGAAUUCAUUCUACUAGUAGGACUUGUUCAUCCAUUUUUUUAGAAGAGAAGGGCUUGUUCAUCCUGAUUA